CAGGUAAUUAAAAAUCAAUAAAAAAAAAUACAAGUGCCAAACUGCAGCCAAGAAAUGCAGUGUUCUACAUUUUCAUAAAUAAGUUAACAAUUUCGAAGGAGAAGCAACCGAAAACAAGGGCGCCGCAACCAGAAAGUGAAGGUGAUCCCUGGGAGAGAGUAAAGGAAAAUUAGAAGGAAAAUAAAAAAUCUGUGCCAACAACACGUACUUACACACACACACACACACCCACAGAAGCUCAUACAGAGGCAGAAACAGAGCUAAACGGACACGGCCCCUGCCCCCGCAAAUAACAACGGAAAUAACAGCGUACGCUCCAGUGGCUAGGCCAAACCCGAGACCACACCCAGCAACUGCAAUAGCAACACCAACAAGAUGCACCUCAGUGCCGAUAUAUCCAGCGCCCUGCAACAGAUCGAGGCCGUGAAAAAGGGCAUCGAAGAGUCAGAUGAUCCGAAAUUACAAAUGCAAACGGCCGAGAGUCUAAAUACGAUUUUGGGUAUUCUGCAAGAUCCGGUUUUUCGGACCAUUGUCCAUGUCCAGGAUUCGCUAUCCGAGCUGAAUGCCCAACUAGGUCAGCAUCCGUCCAUGUUGCCGCAGGAUUUCGAUAUAGAUGUCGCUGGAAAUUUGGUCUUAAGCCUUAAUGGAGGGGAGGUCAUGUAUGACUAUGGCGAUGAUGGACGACAAUCCUCAUCAGCCACACACUCGGCGCCAGGCAGUCCGGAUAAAGGAGAUGUCGAAGGCGAACAGCCACGCCCACAGAGUCAGAAUUCAAAGGCCGGCGGCGGUGCAGAUUUGUAUGCUACGGACUACGCCCAAAUUCAGGCCAUUGAAUUGGUUAACGAUGGCACUGGCCUGGGUUUCGGUAUCAUUGGAGCACGCAGCUCGGGAGUUAUAGUUAAAACCAUUUUGCCUGGCGGUGUGGCCGAUAGGGAUGGACGCUUGCGUUCGGGCGAUCAUAUUCUGCAAAUCGGUGAUGUAAAUCUGCAUGAAAUGGUAUCGGAGCAAGUUGCUGCUGUGCUGCGCCAAUCGGGCACUCAUGUUCGCUUGGUGGUGGCUCGUCCCCUGGAACAGAAUGUGCCCACUCCGCAGUAUGCCCUGGAGCCGGCGGGCAGUGCAGUUGUUCCCACCCGGGUGCUUAUCGAUCCAGCCGAACUGGAGAGAUAUCUGAUAUCCACAGGCUAUCCAGAGAUUUUCGGUGAGAGUUCGACUGCAUCAACGCCACAAACCACCACCGAGGAUGAUCGUUUCGUCUAUCGCGGCGAGACUUCCAUGUUGAUCGAUCCCAGCAUAGAUUUGGAGGAAUUGCUAGCUCUACCCGAAACAGAGAAGCUGCAAGUAGAGCUCAAAAAGGAUGCCAAUGGUCUGGGCAUCACCAUAGCCGGAUAUGUGUGCGAAAAGGAAGAGCUUUCGGGGAUAUUUGUGAAGAGUGUUUCGCCGGGAUCGGCUGCUGAUUUAAGUGGACGCAUCCGAGUUAAUGAUCGGAUCAUUGAGGUUGAUGGUCAAUCCCUGCAGGGCUAUUCGAAUCAUCAGGCUGUAGAGUUGCUUAAGAAAUCAGGUCAGGUGGUGAAUCUCAGAUUGGAACGCUAUUUACGUGGUCCAAAGUACGAGCAACUACAGCAGGCUAUUGCCGCAAAUGAUCAACUGCCAUCCACCAGUGCUCCUGGCACUCCAUCCCGCGCUCCCAUGCCAACACCGUCGCCUCCAUCGCCUGGCCUUCCCGCAGAAGAUGAGACUGUGCCCGCUCCAGAAGCAUUUAUGAGUCCCCCACCAUCGGCGGCAACCACCACAACGACUACUUUGAGCAGUUUUGGUGCCGGUAAACAACUGGUGGCUGUUCGAGACUCCCUGGAUGGCCAACCUAAGAUUAUACCCACAGAUGUGGUGCAGCUGGCGGAUAAAGCAGAGGCUAAGAAUUCCAGUCUCAUAACCACACGUCACAAAUACUACACGGAUCCGGAACUCACAGACGAAGUGGAAACGGAAAUCAUACGCAAAUGGCAAAAAAUUGUCGGCUCCGAUGUGGAGGUUAUUGUGGCUCAAAUCAAAAAAUUCGCUGUCGGCGGCUUGGGCAUAUCAUUGGAAGGCACUGUCGAUGUGGAAGGCGGACGGGAAGUACGUCCUCAUCAUUAUAUACGUUCGAUUCUUCCCGAUGGGCCUGUCGGUGUUAAUGGAGUGCUCCGCUCUGGCGAUGAGUUGCUCGAGGUAAAUGGCGAACGAUUGCUGGGCAUGAAUCAUUUGGAAGUUGUGGCCAUAUUGAAGGAAUUGCCAUUGGAUGUGCGCAUGGUGUGCGGUAGGAGCAAAUCAAACUCUUCCCUGUUACCCUUCAGCGAUGACACCCUGAAGAAACUAUCCAACAAUUUUGAGAAUCUUUUGCCUGCCUCCGAUCGCCUUGUGAAGGCUAAAUCGGAUGGCAGUCUGGCCACUGCAGGAUCUGUGGCCGAUGCGGAUUCCGUUGCUGCAGCAGCCGCUUCAUUUAACAAAUUGAAAUCUCGCUCAUUGGAACCCCUAACUGGUCUGGCCAUGUGGUCAUCACAGCCACAGAUCAUUGAACUGGUCAAAGGAGAUCGUGGAUUGGGCUUUUCCAUACUGGAUUAUCAGGAUCCCUUGGAUCCUAAUGAUACAUUGAUAGUCAUACGUUCAUUGGUGCCCGGUGGAGUGGCCCAAUUGGAUGGUCGUCUCAUUCCCGGCGAUCGUUUGCUAUUUGUCAAUUCUAUUAAUCUGGAGAACGCAUCACUGGAUCAGGCCGUUCAGGCUCUUAAGGGUGCGCCCAAGGGUGUGGUGCGCAUUGGUGUGGCCAAACCACUGCCCAUGACGGAUAAUUCGCUAAAGGCAUGCAGCAAUGCCAGCACCACCAGCGAGGAGACUCUCGAUGCCCAACAAUCGCCACCGCCAGCCUUGCCCACAGCGGCCCCACCAGCAAUGCCAACACCCGCCAAGGGUGCAGAACCCGAUCUGAUACCCGAUUGGCGUAAUUAAACCACAUUCAGGGUAUUUCUGCAGCUAUAAAAUCAGACAAUCCCUAAAUGGGUAUUAAUUCCUUGCAACUAAGUUGACUAUUUUAUGUUGAGGGUGUUCUGAAUGCCCCCAAAAAUGAAACGAUAAGAAGAUAGCCAAGCAUUUGCAGACCUUUAUUCAUAUAUAACUAGGGCUCAAUUCGAGUUGUCCAGGGAGUAGGAGGGGAACUAUAGAAAAUAAGAAUAUUUAUCAAUUUGUUUUCCUGAUUGUUAGAAUUCUGUUUUUUUCGCAAAAGGAAUUUUAUUUUUUGUAUCAUUAUAUUUAAACCCGAACUAAAGAGAAAAGGGGAAAAGAGAGAGUAUUUCUAUUAUUAUCUAUCAAAUUGUUAA